AUGUGUGGAGGGACUUUUCAUGCAACGACAGCCGCCAAAAUCUUUGCCGUCUAUCAAUUCUCGCUUGUCUCGUCUUUUCUGCCUUCAACUUUUGGGCUUUCGGCUCCGAUAAAUUUGGUUGUGGCUCUCGUCCUUUCCUCGCUUGUCCUUGCCACCUCUGCCGGUCUUGGCGCAUUCACCAGUUCUUCGUCGCCAAUCCCACACCGCGAAGUACUUCGU